AUGCUGCAAAAGGCAUUACUCCUCUGGAGGACAUUGUAAGAAACAGAUACACAAACACAGACAAAAAGAAGGAGGAUCACUUUCAAACUAAACCUGAGAGUCACAGUCUCCCCAUCCACCCGUGGAUCCACCAACAGCACGUCCAAAGGAGGGUUCAAACCACCUCUCCGCCCGCUCUCCCACCCCCUAUUGCCCUUAUAGCCGCUUCCCAGUGUGGCCCUCAGUUCAUGGUUCAGGGCCAUAUCCUGCCUUUACAGAGAGCACGGCAGCCGCUGGCACUACAGCCACUGGGGCCCGAGGAGGCUCAGCCGUUCCCCAACCUGAUGGGUAGUGGGGUGAAGUCUAGGAUCACCUCUGUGAACACAGUCAGUAUGUCUGCCCUGGCUGAGGGCGAUGUGCUACUGCCCUAUGAAGCAUCAGGACACCCACAGCCAGUGCUCUCCUGGACCAAAUAG